AUGGGCAAGCUGACUAGCACCAUCGGCAUCCCGAUCAAGCUCCUCAACGAAGCACAGGGCCAUGUCGUGACAUUGGAGAUCACAUCGGGCGUCGUCUACCGGGGGAAGCUGUUGGAAGCUGAGGACAACAUGAACGUCCAACUUAAGGAUAUCACCGUUACCGCUCGCGAUGGUCGUGUCUCGCAUCUUGACCAGGUUUACAUUCGUGGAAGCCAUGUGCGAUUCUUCAUUGUUCCAGACAUGCUGAGGAAUGCUCCCAUGUUCCGCUCACGAGGCCAGCGUGGGCGCGGUGUCGGUUUGGCCCGUGGUAAGGCUACCGUGCAGCGUGCGCGUGGCCAGCAGCGCGGUCGGUAA